GGAGUUUCAGGUCUCAGGGCCCCCGGGCGGGCACGCUGCCCCUGAGGCACCCGAGGACUAGGCGCCCGAGCUUUGAUCCCUCCGAUUAAACCGUCCCCGGAGAGGAUUGCUUCUUAACAGGCUGCUGAACGUUCCGAGAGUAAUCUAAAAGCACCGCAUCGCUCUUUAUUAGUGUAAUGCUCUUUAAAAUUGAAAGUACACUUAAUCCCCUCGUACCGAGCGGGGGUAGGGAGCGGCGUGUGGAGCCCUGGCUGGGGUAACCGCCGCACUGUCGCCUCCUGCCCCCGUGAAGAGGGGCUGAGCCACCAGUGAGAGAGACCAGCUUCACUGGGAGAACUGCCCCGCGGGCACUGGAGAGCGGGUCCGCACGCCGCCCGCACCUCACCUCCUAAUUCUCCCACCACCACCCUCCCUUGCAGGUGGGAAGUCUCAGUGCGCUCCCUCCCGCGGGAGGGCGGCCGCGUCAGGGCGGCCAGUGCCGGCAGCGGCCGAGCUGCUGGUCUCUGCUCGGCGAGCUCCGCAGGAGGGAAAGGAGGAGGAGGAGAAGGGCACGGGGAGAGCCCCGCACACCGCUAGGUUUCACCUCCAUCGGUGAUGCCGCGGCUGUCACCCGCUCUGCCUGUUCCCCGCACCCCCGGGGGAUGCCGCUGGCUUUCCUAAGGGGAUUCUCUAAUGGACCAAUGAAAGCCAACGAUGACAAGUUGUGGUCAACAGUCCUUGAAUGUGCUGAUGGUUCUGCUUUCAUUACUCUUGUCAGCAGUGUUGUCUGCACAUUUUCGGGUCUGCGAGCCGUAUACAGACUACAAAGGUCGCUACCACUUUGGUUUUCACUGCCCCCGUCUUUCUGACAACAAAUCUUACAUCUUUUGCUGUCACCAUAACAACACAGUAUUUAAAUACUGCUGCAAUGAGACAGAAUUUCAGAGUGUUAUGCAGAUGAACUUAACAGGGAACACAGAUGGAUAUAUGCAUAACAACUACAGUGCACUGUUAGGAGUGUGGAUCUAUGGCUUUUUUGUGGUGAUCUUACUGAUACUGGACCUUUUAUAUUACUCUUCAAUGAACUAUGAUAUUUGCAAAUUUUACCUGGCACGGUGGGGAAUUCGGGGAAAGUGGAUGACACAGGGACAGAGCCAAUGGAUUAACCCUGCUCAGGAUCCAAGCCAAGUACAGACACAGCCUCAGCCAGACACACAGCCUCAAAUUCAGCCACAGCCUCAAACAUCACAGACAGUGCAUACUUUACAAGGAGAUGUUUUAAGCCCUCCCCUGAUGUCUUUUCAGAGUACUUCUGCCUGAAAAUUAUAUUGAUGUGCCUCAAGAUGGGAGAGGUAAGAUCAGACUUCAAGGAGCAGCUUUUAAGAAAAUCAACUAAAUGACGAGAGCUGAAAAAAGGUGAAAAAUACAGGAGAGAAAAAGACUACAAGAAGAAGAUUGAGCAAGUCCCCUGAAAAGAAGCACCAGGCAGAUAGCUUCUAUAGACAAACAAUAUAGAAAGAGUCUCCAGAAGAAAGUAGUAUGUAAGCAAUAUUCUAAUUCUAGACUGACAAUAUUGUCUUUAAAAGAAAGCAUCAUAUUUGAGGAAAUGCUCAAUAGGAAGAAAAUAAAGUUGCUCUGGCAAAUCCACACAAAGGUGGAAAAAUAUCACAAGACAAACCUUUGGUAGACAACAUUUCUUUACCUCCCCAUCCAUCUAUUGCCAUUUGAGCCUAAUCUAAGUGUCAGAAUACUGAAUGUGAGUUUUUCCAAAGUUCUCUGGUGAAAAUUUUGUCACAAUAGGGUAGAUGCUGGCAAUCCUCAUCACUGUUAACCGUAUUGCCAUAUGCAUUACAAGGUAGAGUGAAGCCCUUUCAUCGAGUCAAACUGCAGGAUAUCCACCAUUUCAACCUUAAUACACAUUUUAAGAUCAUUGGCAAUGACUCUGCUAAAACAUCAAACAUCUGAGCACAUCUUGGCUUCAGCUUCACACACCCUCAUGAAGAGGGGACCUUUAUUAAGCAGCAACACAGACACCACCCCCAUACUCACUGAAGCUGAAAGAGAAGCAGAAAAAAAAAAAAAUCAAACUACAUUUUUUCAAAAGCAAUAAUACCAUUGUCUCUCUGCUUUAUAAGGCAAUAGUCAAAUUCCCUCAGCCACCAACUGGCUUUAGAAUUUACCCCUCACAAAUCUAAGAAUUCAUUUGUAAGCCAGAAGGGCAAUGAUGCUACCACAGAAGUAUGAGGAGCACUUGGUCAUUAGGUUACAAUAGCUUGACUUAACUUUCCACAGCAUAGGUUUAUUUUAAAAUCAUACAGUACCAAUUACAUGAGCAAAUCCUGUGAAAUUCAAUUAUUUAAGAUACAUACAUGGAGAACCUGGCAAUGACAACCAAACAGAGGAGUUAAUCUAGAAAUCAUAACACAAAGCCAUGAUACUGUCAAAUUAAUCCUUCAUGCCUAAUUUUUUUUUCCUGCAAAUCUGAAUAACUUUAAAAUACCCACAUAUUUUACUUUAUAACCAACAUGAGGAUCACCUUGUCAAUAAAUAAUCAAGUUUUCCUUUGUACAUCUUUGAUUUGAAUGAAUAUUAGUCUUCUGUUGAACUCAAAAGGGAUAGACUACUGAGUGAUUUAAGCUGACUUACAGCUACCAGAAUGCGUGAUGGUACGUGACUGAAGCCGCACAGGAAUAAAUAGUGCUGGGGGCCCCAACAAAGCUGGAGACCACAGAAGUGGCCUGUCUUCGAAGAAGGCUAAAUCUGAGUAGGAUACCAAUUAUGUGCAUGCCCCUCUUCUUUGCAAACCAGCUCAUAAAAAAUGCCAAGUAUCACCAAAUAAGGGCAGGCAACAGCAAAUAAGAAAGCAUUCUAAUGCCACAGGUGUGAGUACCACCCUGCAGGCAUUAGACUCCAUUCUGUCCUAGGUAAGCUUUAGGCCUGGCCCAUUCUCAUUCCUCACAAAAGCUCCUCUUACCCACCUCUGCAUACAAUUUAGCUUGUACAGCCAUAACAGAGCUGCCACAGCACAACUGGGGUGUUUCACGUUGCGAGAAACAUAGCAGUUCAAAUAAAACAGAGUCAGUAUUUUUUAAAACUUGAUUGACAUUAAGGCUAAGAGAUUCUAGUUUUCUAAAAAGUAUAUUUCACCAGAGCAUUGCAGAACUAUUCAAAGCACUUCAGCUGGGAACAAAAAGGACCCCCAGAAAACACACGCUGUAAGUAGCUUGCAGACAGCUGGCAGACAGUCUGAAAUUCUCUCUGCUUGAUGAUAAGAGCUUCUGAAUGGAAAGGGUCAGUGGUCCUGGCAGUGGGAGAGCUGAAUCUGGGAGUUGUAACACCAUGCUGUUAGUGCCAGCUUGCAAGAAACACAAAGGAAACCAAGUAGCUGAAAGCAAUGCCAUCCAUGCCUCUAACAGCAUCAUGUCUUCUCACACUUCUCAUUGGCUCCAAGAUCCAUAACCCCUUGCAAACACCCAACAAAGUACAUAUCUAUAAUAAUCAGUUUUACCUUGGGCACUUUGCAGUAACUGUUUGUUUCUUUUACCUUCUACCAGCACCUACUUUCAUUGCAAGUGAUGACCGCCACAGAGAGCUUUGUAAAAAGCUGAUGUUCAUGAAAGAAUUUGUAUUAGAUACUGGUUUGUGUGACUUACUGUAUUUUGUAAGGGUUUUUUUCCCUUUGGGAAUUGUGCGUUAUUAAUGAGCAGUUUUAUGCUUUACUUCUAGUAUAUGUAUACCUUGUAAUUGAUGUGCUUUUUGUUUGUUUGUUUGUUUGUUUUCUUUUAUUCUCUAUACAGAGCCAGUUAAUAUAAGGUAGAUAAUCUCUGGCUGAAAUUCUGAUUUUGCCUACCAGUUAAUUUAGGGAUAAAUCCAUGUCGUAGCUGAUAAACCACUGAUCAUCAAUUGUGUUGUUAUAAUAAUCUGAUAGCCUCUUCAGUUUAGCAGAAUGUAAGAUUCUGAAUAAUAUUAAUGCUCGUUGGGCCUUAGAGUAAAGAGAAAUAGUGUUUUCCUACUACCAUCACUAUUGGCCCUUCUCCCGUAGUGCUUGCAACUUUGUAAGAGAGCACUAGCUAAACACCUGAACAUCCCAACCAUCUAUGUAGCUGUGCUCUGAUAACCUUCUGCAUUUACCUGAUCGAAAUCAUGGUGACUCAGAUAAACUACAAUGAAUUCUUCAAUUAUUUCUGAGGAAAGAGACUUAUUUGAACACAAUAUUUCUCAAAAAAAAAAAAAAAAAAGGACUAAAGUAGA